AUGUUUGAGCCAAACCAACAAGAUCAAGGCGGCCCCGCAAAGGGGACACGAAGCAGCCGCCGCAGAGCGCGCCCCUCCUCGAACACAGAUGCCACAGUCCAGGCCCCCAAGGCAAAGCGACAAAGGGUGCCUCUACACGAAACCACAGUUGCGAAUACCGAGGCCCUCCCAGAGACGGAUACGGACAUGUACGAAGUCAAGUCCGACAAGCUUGCCCUGCUCGACAUCAAGCGCGACGGCAUUGAAAACCUCGGUGGUCCUCGCAAAGAGCUCAGUGUGCGAUCAAAGAAGCAAAAGGCCGGUGAACGGACCGCGAAGGGUGAUGGAAGCAUAGUAUUGACUACAAACAAUGCUUAUACCGUGAGCAAGCUCCCAGCUUUACCCGACAGACUCCGAGCGGAUGCGCAAAGUAAGAUCGCCCAGCACAGCUACCUCCCAAACGCCCUUCCACCUUUGGAGCAACUCUCAAUAAAGCCUGGAGUACCUAACAAUUCCCAAGAUCGUCAGCACGGUGCCGUCUACUCGACCAGCGGAUACGCCUUGAGCCUUACCCAUACCCAUGCCUUCGUCUGGCCCUAUGCUUCUACCGCCGCCUCGCCCGAGACCUUUACAUUCGGCCUUCCUUAUCCCUCCAAGAACCCGACCGACCCGCUACCACUCGGCUCCUUGGUUUCGCCCUCGGCUGCAUCCGAUGAACCUGGCCUUGUCGUUGUCAUGCCCAUGAGCGGCAAGAUCGCCUACUGGGAAUCCAUCUCGAGCGCCGCCACCCUUGACUUCAUUCGCCAACAACGACACGGAGUGGAGGACACAAUACCUGGCAUGUUCUCUGGAGAGCAUGUCGUUCAGAUCGUCAAUGCCGAAUCCGCCGGUUUCGUCCUCGUCUUCAGCUCUGGCCGUCUUGCUUACCUGAGCGUUCGCGACAUGCAUGGCCGGCCUGCCAUUUCCGUACAGUUCCUUCGUAGCAGCCUCACCAAUGCCACAGGUGGAUUGCUGGGAAGUAUUCGCCAGGUCCUCGGUUCCACUUCGUCGCAUGGAGAUGUCGUUGCCGUCCGCGCCAGCCAUGCCACAAGAGUAGGAGAGCGCGUCAUUGUUGCAGCUACGACUAAGGGUAAGCUCAACGCUUGGCGCAUUCACAGGGGCGGCCACCACGAGAUCCUCUCCGAUAUCGACUUGCAGAGCGAGCUUAUUCGCCAAAUACAGGAGGCUGACCCAGCAUCCGCUGGCUUACCUGAGGAGUCCUUCGAGAUUGUCGACUUUACCUGCGUUCCUCGAGGACUCGACAAGAAGUAUGUGGAGGCUAGCCGACUCAGCGAGGCUCUGGUUCAUGACGAAGAUUCUGUUCAGCAUUUGCUACUACUCACUUCCUUUUCUUCCAGCAAAAGCCAGUCUCACUAUGCCUUGGUCGAGGUUGUCAUUUCUGGCCAGAACAAGAAGGUUGGUGCAGUUCGACCCUUGACUUCUUACACCAGUCCUGUGAGACCCAAUGCGCCCGAGAGGCCCAAACUUUACCUUCCACGCCCUGCAAUGGUGGCUUUUGUCGUCUUCGACCGCGCCGUUGUGAUUGCGUCCAUGGCCGCCCCACCGGAUUCCCCCGAGUCACAACUCCAAGAGGACAGUCACAUCAUACCCGCCACAUUCGAAGACGUGGUAGACCUACGAGAUGAGGGCAAUGUGCAAAUAGUAGGCUCGGGUACAGAGGAGCCUACUACCAGCGGUCACUCCCAAGAUGAGCUUCGACUGCGACACAGGAUAAAAAAUCCUGCAGCUGUGUUGUUGGUGCAGGGUGUUGGCACAGUUAGAGUUGCCGUUAGCGAGGUUGAUCGGUUCGCGACUGAAAAGCCGCCAACCAUCAGCGCGAAGAGCAAGCUCGAACAGGCCGUCUUCUUUGGUAUCAAGAGCGACAACCCGCUGGUGUUCCAAGGAAGAAGCCUGCCUUUCACCGCUCCGGAAAUCGGAAAUGCCGCUAUUGAGCUCAGUCAUGAGAUCGUAGCCUCCAAGACCCCGUUCAUCCCCAACGUGCCCGCCUCGCUCGAAAAUAACAUGAGGACCAGGGUGGAAUAUCUCGAAAGGUUAAUAUCCCACCUCAACACCUUGAAGGUGGAUCUGGACGCUCGUACUCGGUGGAUGCUGCUCUACGACUCUGAAAAGAUGGCCGUAGCAACGUGGCUUUGGCGGAAGAAUGAGCAGUUUAUCGCCGAAAGGCCAAAGGGGGAUAAACAAAACCUCAUUUCCGAGACGGUGGUGUACAUCAACGAGAACCAAAAGACGGAGCCCAAUCCGGCUGUCGGUGAAGUUGACCCCGUUCGCCACUGGUUCAUUAACGAUGUGUGGAGGCUCGAGAUCUUUAUUGCUUGGGCAUACCAGAUUAUUAAAUAUGCCUAUACUGAACGUCUCACCGACGAGAACGGUAUCAAUCGUCUGGUACUGGAAGCGGCCAUCGUCAACAAGGGCGCCCUUCAGGAGGCGGAGCAGCACCGCUUGAGGAAUGCACGCCUGUAUGGUAUCAAUCCUAGGAAAGGCCCCGAAGGCAACGCGAUCCCUGAGCCCUGGACUGCCACUCAGUUCAUCACUAACAAUCUCAAGCGCCUGAUUGAGUUCUGUUACGAAUGGCUGGAUAAUUACUACUUCCCUUCUCCGGAAAAGGCUUCUGUGGAUGUGAAAAUCCUCAAGAGCAUUCGGGACAUGCUUCCUGCUCUCACCAGCCGAUACUUCACCGCUCUUGACGAGUUUAUUUCGUGGGCUGAGAAGUCUAGUGAUCCUCACGCACAAGAGAUCGCCAAGACGUAUCUUCAGGAUUACGUCAAAAAUGUCUACGAGAAGAUCCUACGACUUAAGGACUACGAUCUUUGGGAUGAGGCCAUUGCUCUGGCGCAGGAGCAUGAGGCAUAUGCCGCGCUGGCAGAUGUCAUGGUGCAGCAUAUUCUCGCGCUGGAGGAGAGUGCUCUAGCUCCCGGCACUUCUGCUACCAAGGCUGAGGAGUGUCGUGCUAAGGCUGAGGACCGGAAGAGGCAGAUGGGUGGCUACUUCAACCAGUAUCAGGAGAGGUUCGCCUUCCCGGCGUACGAGGCUCUACUUGACGCUAGCGGCGUUCAGGCAGUCCUCGAGUUCCCCUACGACAAGGAGGGCUAUGCCACCAAGUUCCUCCGAUCCAGGCCCGAACUGGCCAAGAUCUCUUGGAUCAAUGACGUUGAAAGGGAGAACGACAUUGCUCGUGCUGCCGAGACACUGCUCACUCUCGGUCUUACCAGAGAGCAGCAAGUGUGGAGCAAGAAGAUCGAGCUCAGUCUUGGAAAGCUUGCUUUGCUGGCUGAGGAAGCCGAUCAACGCAACGGUGACAGUGAAAUGAGCAACGGCUUUUCCGAUAGCAAGGCGGCCGAGCUUGAGAAGGUUGACCAGGCUCUUGAGAUUAUUACGAUCCAGAAUGGCCUCUACAGUCAGAUCCGACCCACCAUUGAAGAAGCCGUUGACGAAAGAGCCGAGUUUGAGCUGGCGAUGAAGUUCCACGGUGGGUGGAUCAACGCCCAGAAGAAGCAAAAGGCACUUCAAAGCGUCUUUGAGGACGGCAUGGAGCGCCUGCUUAAGCACGAGGCCCUCCAGCCACUUACCCUCAUUGACCUGCUUACCCUAGUAUACCUUGACCCGAAGCACUUCGAAGCCAUCGGCGACCAGUUCUACCUAGCCCUGAAGGUCGCCAAAAACGGCCUAAAGGGUGAGGAGCGAAGCAAUGCUGAGCGCCUCAUUUGGCGUCGCUGCCUCAUCCGUGACGACUGGAAGCAAGUCAACGUUACCAACCUGAAGGAUGACCAGCAUCAGCUGGAAGUCCUCGGCGAGACAGCACUCUACAGGACCUUGUUUGCUGUUGUUGACGAGCAACACUCAAACGACGCCUUCCGCCCUUGCAUCAAGCCCUCCGAUGCCCUCGGCGUCUACACCGACAGUCUCGACCGCCGCUUCGACGGUAUGGACGACUCGUUCCGCAACAAGCUCAUGGACGCCAUGAAGGCCGAGGAUGCCAAGCUCAAGACCUACAUCGACAAGGCCCGGCUGGACGAGUGGUACAAGACCACGCUCGAGGCGGCCGAGAACACUGUCGCGCUCGUGUAUGGCCGCAUGACGGCCAAGAAGGCGGCUCUGGCUGCUAACGGCAGUACGAGGGCCCCUCUUGAGGCCGCGGGCGCGGUCAGCGCAGGAUCGUCGUUCUGGUAG